AUGACCCAAGACCAUACCCCUUGGCAGUGUUUGUGGAGUACUUUAGUAGUGUCAGCUUCGGACCUUCAUUGUUAUAGGCAUUUUAAAGCCAUAGGGAAACUGGAUGAAAGGUCUACACCAAGACAUGAGUUAAUUUUCAAGAUCUUGAUUAUUGAAAUUGAAACUUUAAGGAUGAAUUAUAAUUUUGGUGCAAAGUUUAAGGGACAAAAACUGUCAUUCUACUUAAUAGAACCCAUGGUUUUACUAAGGGAUGAUUCUAUUGUUAGUAAGAGCUUUCUCUUUUUAUGGCAUAUCUUGGCAAAGUAA